AUGAAAAACGAACGAACUGGCACAAGACAAGAAAGCUCAACGAGUCGUUCAUCUUUCGAGAGUGGUUCAAGUCGAUAUUUUAAUGCACUAGAUAUCGGACAUUCUGUUUUUGCAAGAUCGGAAUAUUAUGAUGACAUGAUUUCCAAACAUCCAUGGUUACGUCGACCGUGCUCACGAAAUUCUGGUAUUCCAUUUCCAGCUAUAGCCGAUACACCGUGUUCACCUCGUCAUGAUGAAAUAGCAAGACCACGGAUUCGUCGUGAAAAUCAUAUUCGACAAGAAUUCUUCGAUAAUAUUGGGAACUAUGCAUACAGCGGUGUGCCACCUGCUGCAUUGAAAGUAGAAUGUUCUCAACGCCUUGUUGAACUUGCUGUACCAAGAGGAUCAUUGUCCAAUAAUCAACAAAAAAGCUCCCAAUCUCAACAGCAAACACAGGGCAAGAAUACUUCACAACAAAAUCAAGGAAAGAAUCAACCACCACCACAAUCCCGAAGCAAGAGUGCUCAGCAACAAAACCAAGGAAAGAACCAGCCACCACCACCACAGCCACAAUCUCAAAGCAAGAAUGCUCAACAACAAAACCAAGGAAAGAACCAACCACCACCACAGCCACAAUCUCAAAGCAAGAGUGCUCAGCAACAAAACCAAGGAAAGAACCAACCAGUACCACAGCCACAAUCUCAACCACAAGGCAGGAGCGCUCAACAACAACAACAGGGUAAGAACCAACCAGUACCACAGUCACAACAACAAGGAAAAAGUGCUCAGCAACAACAAGGAAAGAAUGUGCCACAACAAAACCAAGGGAAAAGUCAACCAGCACCACAGCCACAAUCUCAAGGCAAGAACGGUCAACAACAACCACAAGGAAAGACUCAACUAGCUCAACAAUCAAACGCAAACAAUCCACCAGAAAAAUCGAAACGUAAAUGA